CCUAAUCUGUGUGUGUGUAGAGUGUAGAGUGGAUAUUUGGGAAAUGGAGGGGAAGGUAUGGCAGGAAGUGGAGGUGAAGGUCUCGGCUGAUGCAUUGUGGGAUGUGUAUGGUACACUGAAGCUUGGCAAUCUCAUCCCAAAGCUCCUGCCCAAUUUCUUCCAGGCCACCCACGUCUUGGAAGGGGCCGGUGGCGUUGGUACAAUCAUACACAUCUGCUUCCCACCUGGGGCCUCUGGGCCUAGUUCUUACAAAGAGAAGUUUGUGAAGAUUGAUGAUGUGGCACGUGUGAAGGAGACUCUAGCAAUUGAAGGCCUUCAAGAACUCGGGUUCAAGAAAUACUUGGUUAGGCUUGAAAUUCAAGAGAAACCCGGGGGUACUUCGGUCAUAAAAUCGACCAUUGAAUAUGAGGUUGAUGAGGAACAUGCGUGGGCCCCACCUCCCGUUACUAUAAUGCUUUUAAAGCUUAUUGCUGAAACAAUCUCAAAUUAUUUGUCCGAGUCUAAGUAAAAAGAUUAACUCUUUAAUUACGAAUUAAGAAAAAUAAAGAUUUGACGGAAGCAGAAAGCCUACCUACCUCUCAAUAUGAUCCAGAUUGAAGAUUUAGAGAUGGGAU